UGGCCUUAGAGCUCAGUAAUGCUUGUCUUUGGUCAUCAGAACUACACAGCCAGUCCGGGUACUGGAAAAACAAAUCCAACCUCUGUCAUACUCUGGAAAGGAGAAGAGCACAGUAAUUUUGCAAAAGAUUAAUAGUACCCACAGGACAAAGACGAUGAAUUCACCGGAACUUUGGAAUCCUCCGGAAGUCCAAUUUUGCUUUGCUUUGGUCAACAAUUCAUGCCCUAGAAAUGUGAGGUCUGUGCUGAGUGUGUGUGCCAUGUAUGUUGUCAUGACUGGUGCUAUAGUGAUGACCAUGUUGGGCAACCUGGUUGUGAUCAUUUCCAUCGCUCACUUCAAGCAGCUCCAGUCCCCAACCAACCUCCUGAUUCUCUCCAUGGCCACAACUGACUUUUUGUUGAGCUGUGUGGUCAUGCCCUUCAGUAUGGUCAGGUCCAUUGAGUCUUGCUGGUAUUUUGGAGACCUCUUUUGCAAAGUCCACAGCUGCUGUGACAUCAUGCUCUGCACCACCUCUAUUUUUCACCUCUGCUUCAUCUCAGUGGAUCGCUACUAUGCUGUUUGUGACCCUUUGCAUUAUGUCACCAAAAUUACCAUCCCUGUAAUAGAGGUCUUUCUACUCAUCAGUUGGUCUAUUCCAAUUGUUUUUGCCUUUGGCCUGGUAUUCUCAGAAUUAAACACAGUUGGUGCAGAAGACUUUGUUGCAGCCAUUGACUGCACAGGUUUGUGUGUGUUGAUAUUUAACAAGCUCUGGGGGGUGUUGGCUUCCUUUAUAGCCUGCUUCCUACCUGGGACUGUAAUGGUGGGGAUUUACAUACACAUUUUCAGCGUAGCCAGGAAGCAUACUAAGCAAAUUGGCAUGGGUCCUACCAGGAAACACGUUGGGUCAGAAAGCAAAAUGAAAGUAUCAUCCAAAAAAGAAAGCAAGGCCACCAAGACUUUAAGCAUAGUCAUGGGAGUGUUUGUAUUGUGCUGGCUGCCCUUUUUCAUCUUGACAAUCACAGACCCUUUCAUUAAUUUCACAACUCCUGAAGAUUUGUACAAUGUCUUCCUCUGGCUGGGUUAUUUCAACUCUACUUUCAAUCCCAUCAUAUAUGGCAUGUUUUAUCCCUGGUUUCGCAAGGCAUUGCGGAUGAUUGUCACGGGAACCAUCUUCCACCCUGACUCUUCUACCCUAAGCCUAUAUCCUGCAGAUACUUAGGCAAUACUCUCCAUUCUGUAAGAUUCUUUCCUGGUAAGGAAUCUUGUUGGAUGCUCCUCCUCAAAGGU